CAGCGGGCGAGAGCGGAGACUGGGAGCGAAAAAUCCGGGAUCCGGCAACUUUGGGCAGCGCAUGCGCGCCCGCGGCGCUCCAUCCCAAACACACACACAUUUUUCCCCCGGACUUGGAAAGUCACCCAAAGCCGCCCCAAGUGCAGGCAAACAUACCUCGCCGACUGAAGGCAAAGACCCCUUCCAUCUCACCUGCCCUUCCAGCCGCCACACUUGUCGACCCCCUCCCGUAGAAGGGGAUCCUGCAGCUCCAGCAUUGGAGUGGACUUUGGACCCCGGCCUCUUGGGAUGCAAAGGAUGAAGUGACGCCCCUACUCUGAAAGAGGAGCCUCUAGGACCCGUUACGAGAGUUUGGGACCAAAGAGAGGAGAAUGGAUCUUGGUACAGCUGAAGGCACCCGGUGCACCGACCCGCCCGCAGGCAAGCCCGCGAUGGCGGCCAAGCGCAAAGGCGGCCUGAAGCUCAAUGCCAUCUGUGCCAAGCUGAGCCGCCAGGUGGUGGUGGAGAAGGGGGCGGAGGCGGGCCCCCAGGCCGAGGGCAGCCCACUGCGGCCGCGGGACCGAGAGGCCGGUGUGGCCCGGGGCGCCCGCAGCGAGGAAGACAAGAGGCGGGCGGUGAUCGAGAAGUGGGUCAACGGCGAGUACAGCGAGGAGCCCGCGCCCGCGCUGGGCCUGGGACGGAUCGGCCGCGAGGGCCUGGAGCUGCCCCCCGAGGGCGUCUACAUGGUGCAGCCCCAGGGCUGCAGCGAUGAGGAGGACCACGGUGAAGAGCCCCCCAAGGAUGGCAGUGGUGUUGCAGGCGAGAAGGAGCCUGAUGGGGCAGCCUCCAAGGACAACAGCGGCCCCGGUGCCAAGCAGGCUUCAGGAGAGGCCUCCUCGCUCCGGGACUACGCGGCUUCUACCAUGACCGAGUUCCUCGGCAUGUUUGGCUAUGAUGACCAGAACACGAGGGACGAGCUGGCCAGGAAGAUCAGCUUCGAGAAGCUGCACGCGGGCUCCAUCCCGGAGGUGGCCACCUCUUCCAUGCUGCCCACCUCCGAGGAUGCCCUCAGCAAGCGGGCACGCUUCUCCAAAUACGAGGAGUACAUCCGCAAGCUCAAGGCCGGCGAGCAGCUCUCCUGGCCAGCCCACAGCACCAAGGCCGAGGAGCGGGCGGGCAAGGAGGUGGCGGGGCCCCUGCCUGGCCUGAGGCUGCCCAGCAGCACAGCUCACCUGGAGACCAAGGCCACCAUCCUGCCCCUGCCCUCACACAGCAGUGUCCCCAUGCAGGGCCUAGUGGCCCGCGCCUCCAAGUACGACUUCUUCAUCCAGAAACUGAAGACAGGCGAGAACUUGCGGCCCCAGAACGGUAGCACCUACAAGAAGCCAUCCAAGUACGACCUGGAGAAUGUCAAAUACCUCCAUCUCUUCAAGCCCGGGGAAGGCAGCCCCGACAUGGGCGGGGCCAUUGCCUUCAAGACGGGCAAGGUGGGGCGCCCCUCCAAGUAUGACGUCCGCGCCAUCCAGAAGCCGGGCCCUGCCAAGGUCCCGCCCACCCCCAGCCUGGCUCCUGCGCCCCUCCCCAGCGUGCCCAGUGCUCCCAGCGCCCCUGGGCCAGGGCCUGAGCCACCUGCCUCCCUGCCCUUCAACACUCCCGAGUACCUGAAGUCGACCUUCUCCAAAACAGACUCCAUCACCACGGGGACCGUCUCCACUGUCAAGAACGGACUGCCCACAGAUAAACCAGCUGUCACCGAAGAUGUAAACAUUUACCAGAAAUAUAUUGCCAGGUUCUCAGGCAGUCAGCACUGUGGCCACAUCCACUGCGCCUACCAGUACCGAGAGCACUACCAUUGCCUGGACCCCGAGUGCAACUACCAGAGGUUCACAAGCAAGCAGGACGUGAUCCGUCACUACAACAUGCACAAGAAGCGUGACAACUCCCUGCAGCACGGCUUCAUGCGCUUCAGCCCGCUGGACGACUGCAGCGUCUACUACCACGGCUGCCACCUCAACGGGAAGAGCACCCACUACCACUGCAUGCAGGUGGGCUGUAACAAGGUGUAUACCAGCACAUCAGACGUGAUGACCCACGAGAACUUCCACAAGAAGAACACCCAGCUCAUCAACGAUGGCUUCCAGCGCUUCCGAGCCACCGAGGACUGCGGCACAGCUGACUGCCAGUUCUACGGGCAGAAGACCACCCAUUUCCACUGCAGGCGCCCUGGCUGCACGUUCACCUUCAAGAACAAGUGUGACAUCGAGAAGCACAAGAGCUACCACAUCAAGGAUGACGCGUAUGCCAAGGACGGCUUUAAGAAGUUCUACAAGUACGAGGAGUGCAGGUACGAGGGCUGCGUGUACAGCAAGGCCACCAACCACUUCCACUGCAUCCGCGCUGGCUGCGGCUUCACCUUCACCUCCACCAGCCAGAUGACCUCCCACAAGCGCAAGCACGAGCGCAGGCACGUGCGCUCCUCGGGCGUGCUGGGGCUGCCGGCCUCGCUGCUGGGCGCCAAGGACACAGAGCACGAGGAGUCAAGCAACGACGACCUGGUCGACUUCUCGGCCUUGAGCAGCAAGAACUCCAGCCUGAGCGCCUCCCCGACCAGCCAGCAGUCCUCCGCCUCCCUGGCCGCCGCCGCCGCCGCCACCUCGGAGGCCGUGCCCGGCGCCGCCAAGCCUCCCAACAGCAAGAUCUCGGGGCUGCUGUCCCAGGGCCUGCCCGCUUCCAUCCCGCUGGCACUGGCCCUCUCCAACUCAGGCCUGCCCACCGCCGCCCCCUACUUCCCCAUCCUGCCAGCUCGGAGCGGCGCCUCCCUGCCCGUGGGCGCCCCCGGCCUGCUGGGUGCCAUGUCAUCAGGGGUGGCAGCCUCAGCAGCUGCUGACACGCCUGCUCUGGCUGCCUCGGGAGCCGGCGACUCUGCCCCGGCGGCUGCCUCCUCCGUCCCGGUGCCCCCCACCUCCAUCAUGGAAAGGAUCUCGGCGAGCAAGGGCCUCAUUUCACCCAUGAUGGCCAGGCUGGCCGCCGCCGCCCUCAAGCCCUCUGCCACCUUUGACCCAGGAAGCGGGCAGCAGGCCGCCCCCGCCAGGUUCCCCACAACCCCAGUGAAGCAGGAGCCCGGUGAGGACACUGGCACCCCGGUUCCCCACGAGGUCUCCCAGGACCGCAGUUUAGACCUGACUGUGAAGGAGCCCAGCAAUGAAUCAAAUGGCCACGCAGUCCCGGCAAAUUCAUCUCUUUUAUCCUCGCUUAUGAAUAAGAUGUCUCAGGGCAACCCCAACCUCGGCAGCCUGUUGAACAUCAAGACGGAAGCAGAGGGCAGCGCCGCCAUGGAGUCCUCGCCCUUCUUGGGCAAGGCUGUGAAGGCACUGGUUCAGGAGAAGCUGUCCGAGCCCUGGAAGGUGUACCUUCGAAGGUUUGGCACCAAGGACUUCUGUGAUGCCCAGUGUGACUUCCUUCACAAGGCCCACUUCCACUGUGUGGUGGAGGAGUGCGGCGCGCUUUUCAGCACCCUGGACGGGGCCAUCAAGCACGCCAACUUCCACUUCCGGACGGAGGGAGGAGCAGUGAAGGGAAACGCAGAGGCCUCCUUCCCCGCCUCGGCUGCGGAGACCAAACCUGCCUUGGCCCCCUCGUCCCCUCCAGCGCCUCCUGUCACCACAGCCACGGUUUCCUCUCUGGAAGGUCCCACUCCCAGCCCGGCCGCCGUGCCCUCCACCCCCACGCUGCUCGCCUGGAAGCAGCUCGCUUCCACCAUACCCCAGAUGCCUCAGAUUCCAGCGUCAGUGCCUCACCUGCCCACUUCACCCUUGGCAACGACUUCUCUAGAAAACGCCAAGCCCCAGGUCAAACCCGGAUUCCUGCAGUUCCAGGAGAACGAUCCUUGCCUCGCAACGGACUGCAAGUAUGCCAGCAAGUUCCACUUCCACUGUCUCUUUGGGAACUGCAAGUACGUCUGCAAAACCUCAGGCAAGGCUGAGUCACACUGCCUGGACCACAUCAACCCCAACAACAACCUGGUGAACGUGCGAGACCAGUUUGCGUACUACUCACUUCAGUGUCUCUGUCCCAACCAGCACUGCGAGUUCCGGAUGCGUGGACACUACCACUGCCUCCGGACUGGCUGCUACUUUGUGACCAACAUCACCACCAAGUUGCCAUGGCACAUAAAGAAGCACGAGAAGGCCGAGCGGCGGGCGGCCAACGGGUUCAAGUACUUCACCAAGCGCGAGGAGUGUGGCAGGCUAGGCUGCAAGUACAACCAGGUGAACAGCCACUUCCACUGCAUCCGGGAGGGCUGCCAGUUCUCCUUCCUCCUCAAGCACCAGAUGACCUCCCACGCCCGGAAGCACAUGCGGAGGAUGCUGGGGAAGAACUUCGAUCGCGUGCCUCCCUCCCAGGUGGGGGGCCCGUGCCGCCCUGAAGGCAGCAAGGCCCCCAGCCCAGCUUCCUCAGGGGCCCCCGCUUCCUUUCAGGGCCCCCCGAGCCUGAUGGACACGGAGACAGAUGAGUACAUGGACUACAUGGGCUGCAGCCCGGGCGCCGUGUCCUCCGAGUCGUCCACCAUGGACCGAAGCUGCUCCAGCACCCCCGUGGGCAACGAGAGCACGGCGGCAGGCUGCUCGGCUCCUCCUCCUCCUCCUCCUGCCGCCGCUGGUGACCAGGCUGCCCGCGUGGCUCCGCAGCCCCCACUGACCCCAUCCUUCUCAGCGGCCGUGCUGCGGGCGCCCCUCCCCUCCCUCCCAUGCCUCUUUUCUCCGCCCUGUGUCUCAUACUCUCUGCUCAGUGCCACUCUCGGAGCCCCCCGGGGCCUGGGCCGCCCUGUCAGCAGCCCACCCCGCUUCCCGCCCACCACUGCGACUCCAAGUCCAGUACAAGGCGACGCCCCCCUAGUUCAGGACGCCGCAGGGAACACCAUCUCCAUGCCCACAGCCUCUGGGGCCAAGAAGCGCUUCUGGAUCAUCGAGGACAUGUCGCCGUUCGGCAAGCGGCGCAAGACGGCCUCCUCGCGGAAGAUGCUGGACGAGGGCAUGAUGCUGGAGGGCUUCCGGCGCUUCGACCUCUACGAGGACUGCAAGGACGCGGCGUGCCAGUUCUCGCUCAAGGUCACCCACUACCACUGCACGCGGGAGAACUGCGGCUACAAGUUCUGCGGGCGCACGCACAUGUACAAGCACGCCCAGCACCACGACCGCGUGGACAACCUGGUGCUGGACGACUUCAAGCGCUUCAAGGCCUCGCUGCGCUGCCACUUCGCCGACUGCCCCUUCUCGGGCAGCAGCACCCACUUCCACUGCCUGCGCUGCCGCUUCCGCUGCACGGACAGCACCAAGGUCACGGCGCACCGCAAGCACCACGGCAAGCAGGACGUGAUCAGCGCCGCGGGCUUCUGCCAGUUCAGCUCCAGCGCCGACUGCGCCGUGCCCGACUGCAAGUACAAGCUCAAGUGCUCGCACUUCCACUGCACCUACCCCGGCUGCCGCCACACGGUCGUGGGCAUGUCGCAGAUGGACUCGCACAAGCGCAAGCACGAGAAGCAGGAGCGCGGGGAGCCGCCCGCCGCCUCCCCGGGCCCCGCCGUCGGCCUGGACAGCGCGCUGUCGCUGGGCGCCGAGCCGGGGGGCGCCCUGCUCUUCCUGCCGCCCGCCGCCGCCGCCACCGCCGCCGCCGGUGGCCCGGGGGGGCUGGGGCUGGGGCUGGGCGACCCGGGCGACCCCGGCCCGCUCGACGGCCCCGGGCCCCGCGACGGCCCCGCCGCGCCCGCGCCCGUGCCCGCGGCCGGAGAGUCGUCACAGGAGGACGAGGAAGAGGAGCUGGAGCUGCCCGAGGAGGAGGCGGACGAGGACGAGGACGAGGAUGAGGAUGACGACGAGGACGAUGAGGACGACGAGGACGAGGACGACGACGAGGACCUGCGCACCGACUCAGAGGAGGAGUCGCUGCCCGAGGCGGCGGCGGGGGGGCCCGGGGCGCGGAGCCCGGAGCUGGCGGCCCCUGCGCCCGCCGCAGCCUCGCCCUAGCCGGCCCGUCGGGGGGAGGGACGCGGGGACCGGGCCCGGGGCCUCCUCGCCCGCCCCCCCCCUCUGGUGGCCGUUGCGAUUCCUUUUGUAAGAGAUGCUAUUUAUGUGUAACGCUGCCCUCGGUCCAGAGCGAGACGGUCGCCCCCGCCGCGGGGCUCGAGGCGGCCCCGCCGGUGCUUCCGGACCCCGAGUCCGUCUCAGGACAGAGGCGGGGGCCUCCCUCUGGUGCUCCCGGGCCGCCCCCGCCCCGCCCGCGGUGCGCGGCCAGCGGCUGGAAGGACCGGCUGCGAGCGACCCUCCUCUGGCUGCACUUCGGGGAUCUUCUUCUUCAGGGAAACAGAAGGUGCUCUUGUCCGGGGUGGGACCGAGGAGCAGGGGGCCCCCCCGAGGGCGAGGCGGGCACAGACAACCGGGCAGCCGCCCCGCGCGCCCCUCCCCGCGGCCGGGCCCCGGGCCCCACGACCACGCCGGUGGGAUUCCUCAUUGCUCAGGACCGGGAAGGGCGCUGGGGGUCACCGCGACCCCCUCCCCUCCCCCCCAGAGGCGGGCCGCGGUAGCAUCUGGCAGGGCCUCCCAUUCGUGCAGCUAAGACGCUCCCUCCCGGCCCUGGGGGGGUGGGGGGCGGGGCAGAGGCAGCAGCGCCGGCGACACUGCAGGGACCGCAGGGAACCCCACGGAAUUAGCCGAGCCGGGAGGCCGGGGCGCUGCGCCCCACCGCAGGGCCCGGCCCUGGGGUCUGCUCCUGAGGGCUGGGGCCCGGAGGCGACGCGCCUCAGCCUGCCGCUCGGGGGCUCCCAGGCCCCAGCCUCUGCCCCCAGGGGGGAGGCCGGGGCUGCAUCCGCUGCUUCCAGACCGAAGAGCAGCCAGUGCUGGGGUGCUGGGCCCGGAAGGGGCCUCAGCCACCACGUGGUGGGAACAGGAAGGAUACCACUGUCUGGGCUUUAAUAUUCAAAAUGGGGGGAAAAAUGCGAGAAAGUUGUACAGUAUUUUUCCUGUAAAGGUUAUUAUUCUACAUAGAACAAAACAAAACAAAAAGGCAGGCGGGCCGCGAGAGCCCGGCCCGCCUCGGACCAGCCCUGGGGUUGGAGACCGAGUGCAAUCGCUCACGUGGGGCUUCGUUUCGCAUUUAUUUUAGAGGCCUUACCCGUUUGAGGCCGUCUUCACACUAGCACUGACGGGAGCUGCGUGAUUCCAACUUUUAACUUGAAUUUUGUAGAAACAAGGAAAAAGGACUAUUACUGUUGAUACAAGUUUGUAGUUAACAUUUGAGUUUUUCUCUAUUGGUUAUGCGUGUGGCUUUGUAGGGCUUUUUUUUUUUUUUCCAGUUUGUUUUUAUUUUAUUUCUUUGUUUGGGAUGCUUCUUUGGUGCAACCCAUCCAGAUUUGCUUCCCUUUGCAAAACGUCCCCCCUUCCCAGAGUGGACGAGGUCACCAAGCCCAGUUUGCGGGGAGGGGGGUGCCACAGGGACAAGGGCUUCCCGCGUCUUCAGUCCUGGCCACCCGCCUGGCUCAGGUGGGACCCUGAGACCCGGCCACAGGGAGAGAGCCAAGCCCAGCCUGGAGGAGGCCUGCCACCCAGAGCCUCCCCCACAGAUCUCCAAGGGGAGCCCCAGAUGGCAGGGGGCACUGGUUUCUUUUUUUUUUUUUUUUGGUCCGUGUGUGUGUGUGUGUGUGUGUGUGUGUGUGUCCUCUUGGUUGCCCACAGCCAGAGAGCCAGGAUCAUCUGCACUGGGGAGGGAGCAGGGAGGGAGGAGCGGUCAGACGAGCGUACCUGAUCCAUCAGGCAGCAGAUCGUUGUCUAAAACAGCCCCUACCAGAGCCUCCUGAAUUCUGUGGGCACCACGCUGCUGCUGAGCACUCGCCCAGACUCUGUGCCCUACCACGGAACCGCUGGGUGUGUGGAGGGAGUUUUGUAAAGGAAAAAAACAAAGAAACAAACAAAAAAAAAACAAAAAAACAAAACACAAAAACAUUUUUCAAUGUAGCAAAAUUAAACAAAAAAAUGAAAAGAAAAUCGGAGAUGCCGACAGUGCGAAGUCUGGCCUUUUGUAACCUUCAUAUUGCACACUAGGACUAUAAGCCAUCGCUAGCUCAUUUUGAAUUUUAAUGUGUAAUUUUGUUUUAUUUUCUUUCUGUGGGGAAAACAAUGCUUGAUCCACCAAUGCUCUUUUUAAUGUUUUAUAACUAUGUAUGUGUAUAUAUAUAAAUAUAAAAUAACAUGUAUGCACAUAUGUGUGUGUAUAUAUCUAUAUGUAUAUACAUAUAUAGAUAUAUAGAGAUAUAUAGAGAGGUUUUGAGACGAAAAAUGCAGAACGUGAAAACCGAACUGAACAGUGUGUGCUCUGAUUACUUGAAUCUGGUCUCCUCGGCACCUGGUUAACUGAAUAUUUUUCCACUUGAAUUUAGUGCUAUUAGAAAUUUAAUAUAUGUGUUUUAUUUAUUUGAUUUUUUUUUUUUUGCAUGACUGAUGCAAGGUUUGACAUUUUCACUCAAUAAAAACUGGAAA